AUGCCUUCUCCUUCAAAAAAAAGUUUAAUUAUUGCAGGAGUUGCAGCAGUAAUAUUAUUAAUUGGAGUAGCAUUAAUUAUUGUAGCUGUUGUGGAAUUAACAAAAAAUAAUAAGGAUGGUAGUAUUUCUACUACUAAAAUACCACCAACAAUUACUUCUCAGAAUCCUAGUAAUAGUGGAACUAUAAAAAUACCAACAACAACAGUUUCACCAUCUAUUAUAUGUAAUAUGGCUAUUGCUGUUGAUUCAUCACUUGAUGUUUUAUCACAAUAUCAAUUUUACAGAGAAAUUGAUAUUAUUAGAAAUAAUAUUUCAACGAUAAUUACAAAUUUUAGAAAUACAUAUUUAGCAUCAUAUAAUAAGUAUAUACAAAAUGAAAAUAAUUUUAAUAGUAUGAGUAAUAUUAAUGAUUUUCAAGAAAAACUAGAUUUAAUAAAACCUGGGUCAGGAUCUAACUUAAGUCUUAUUUUAACAAAUAUUGCUUCUUUAGAUCCUCCAUUUUGUGGAAAAUUAUCAACUUAUAUUUUUAUAUCUGAAUAUUGUCCAGAUGAAAUUAAAAAGUCUAUUCCAUUGGUAGAUAAAAUAAAAAAAAAAGGUUCUAUCAAUUUUAUUAUUAUUGGUAAUGCUAUUAGAUCCAUUUAUUUAGCUCCAUUACAACCAUCUCAAAUAUUAACACUUGAUCUUUUAAAUUGUGAUAUUAAUCUAAUUUUAAAUUUUAUUAAAUCUACACAAACAUGUGGAUUGUUAGAUCCAUCAAUAUGUAAAACACCUCAAUUAACAACUACUAUGAAAAGUUUAACAACAACAGAAGAAUCACCAUUUAAUUGUAAUAUAGCUAUUGGUGUUGAUUUAUCUUCUGAUAUUUUAUCACCUGAUUAUUUUAAAACAGAAAUAGAAAUUUUACAAAAUAAUAUUUCAAAUAUUAUACCAGAUUAUAGAAGAGUUGCACUUGUAGGAUAUAAUAAUGAUAUAACAUAUGAAAGCCCUUUUCAAUCACUUACAUCAAAAAAUGAUUUUAUAUCAACACUUAGUCUUUAUACUCAAAAAUCAGGAUCAAAUUUAACAUUACUUUUACAAAAUAUAAAUUCUUUAACUAUAUCAUAUUGUGAAAAAUUGACAACAUAUAUUUUUUUAUCUGAAAAAGUUACUGAUAUACUAUCAUCAAUACCUUAUGCUGUUGAAUUAAAAAAUAAAGGAACAUUAAAUUUUAUAAUAUUAGGAACAGGUAUCAAAAAAGAAGAUUUAAAUCCACUAAAUCCUAGUAGUAUUUAUGAGUUUGAUUUUGGAGAAUGUGAUAUUGAAAGUUUAUUAAAAUAUCUUUCUAAUCAAAUGAUAUGUGGAAGAAACAAUUGUAUACCAACAACUACACCUUUACCAUGUUUAAAAAAGAAAGAAUGUAAUAUAGUUUUAGGUAUUGAUUCAUCAUCAGAUAUACUAGAACAUCAAUUUUUUGAAAAUGAAUUAAAUUUACUACAAUAUAAUAUUUCAAAUGUUAUUCCAGAUUUUAAACGUCUUUCGGUAUUUGAUUAUAAUCAAAAUACAAAUCUUGAUAGUCAUUAUGGAACCAUAGAAUCACAAAAUGAAUUUGUUAAUGUAAUUGAUAAUAUUACACAAUUACCUGGAUUUCGUUUAAGUAAUUUGUUACAAAAAAUUAGUAUGCUUGUAAUACCAAAUAAUUAUAAAGUAUCAACAUUUGUUUUUAUAUCUAAAUUUGAUGAAAAUGAAAUUAAUUUAUCAAAAGAAUACUCUAGUUAUAUUAAUUCAAUAGGAUCUUUAAAUUUUAUUAUUCUUGGAACAGAUAUUAAAGAAGAUAAUUUAAAAUCAUUAACAUAUUCACAAGCAAUUACAUAUGAUCUUAGUACAUGUGAUAUUGAACCAAUUAUACAAUUUUUUAGUAAUUCAUUAACAUGUUCAGAUACUUGUAUAUAUCCAUAUUGUGAUCCUAAUGGAAAAUUAUGUAAUAUUAUGUUUUCAAUUGAUACUUCAUCUGAUAUAUUAACUCCUGAUUUAUAUAGUCAAUUAAUGGGUUAUAUAGAAAAUAAUAUUUCAUCAAUUGUUACAGAUUUUAAUUAUGUUGGUAUUAGUUCAUAUAAUGAGAAUCCUUAUAUUGAUUAUCCAUUAGGAACAAUAAGUAAUAUUGGUGAUUUUAUAAAUAAAUUAAAAACUCUUAAACAAAAUCCAGGAUGGAGAUUAAGUUUAAUGUUAAAUGAUAUAAUUAAAAAUAUCAAUUUACAACCAUAUUCUAAAUUGAAUUUAUUUGUUUUUGUAACAAAUUUUGAUCAAAAUGAAAUUAAUUUGUCAUAUAAUGCAGCAAAAUAUUUAACAUCUAUUGGUACAUUAAAUUUUAUAAUUGUUGGUACAGGAGCUCAAACAGAUGAUUUUUUACCUUUAAAUCCAACAUCUAUUUACCAUUUAGAUUUUGCAAAUUGUAAUACAACUAAUUUAGUUAAUUAUUUUAAAAGUUCAUUAAAUUGUAAUAUGAAUUGUGGUGCUAUAUUACCAUCAACAACAAAACCAAAUAUGCCUUGUGAUUUAUAUAUUUCGUUUGCUAUUGAUACAUAUGAUCAAGCUUUAAGUGAUAAUGAUUUUAAUUAUGAAAAAAAAGUAAUUUUUAAUAAUAUAUCAAAUAUAAUUUUGGACUAUAAAAAAGUAUCAAUAUUUACAUUCGAUAAUAAUAAAAAAUAUUUUCCAUUCAAUAACAUUCAAAAUGAAAUUGAAUUUAGUCAAGAUAUAAAUUUUUUGAAACAAAGUAGUGUCUCAAGUUUAAGUAAAACAAUGCAACAAAUAGAUAAUCAAAAUAUAUAUGGUGGAAAAUUAUCAACAUUUAUUUUCUUAGCUCAUAAUAAUGUACAAGAAAUACAGUCAUCAAUUAAUUAUACUAUUUCAUUAAAAAAUAAAGGUAGUUUAACAUUUGUAUUAAUAGGUACUGCAAUUAAUGAAAAUGAUCUUAAGUAUUUGACAUACUCAAAUGUUAUUCUCUGGGAUUUCAAAAAAUGUUCAGUAGAAGUCUUAAUUAAUGAAUGUAAAGAAAGUUUAAAUAAUAACUUUUAUAUUAUCCAACCAAAUGAUGAAAAUACUCUUAAUAAAUAUAUUCUGAAAAUAUUAAAACUUCCUCCAAGUCAAGAUAAAAUUUCAUAUUUAAAUCUUACUACACAAUUUUAUAAUCAAUUAUCUUUAGUUGAUAUAAAUAUAUAUACAGAUUAUCCUACCAUUGUAUUUUUUAUUAACUCAUAUUUAAAUGAUUUACAAUCUGUAAAAGAAAUUUUAAAGAAAAUAAUUAAUGAAAAAUUACAAAGAUUAAAAACACUUGCUAUAAUUUUUAAUAAAGAAUAUGAAAAUAAUGCAAGUUUUUUAGUUGGCAACUCACAAGUUUAUUAUUUUCAAAAUACAUUUAAACAAAAUAUGUAUAAGGACAUUGUAUCAUGGAUUUUAAAUAAAAUAUGUGAAGAAUCUGAAGUAACGACUAAUUUGCCAUCAUCUGUAGUAACAACAAAUUUACCAUCAUCUAUUGUAACAACAAAUUUACCAUCAUCUAUUGUAACAACAAAUUUACCAUCAUCUAUUGUAACAACUUCAACAAAUUUAAUUUCAAGUAGUACCAUACAGACAACAACAAAAGUUAAGCCCAUUUCUGAUUGUAAAACUUAUUUUACAUUUGCUAUAGAUACAAAUAGUCAAUCAUUGAAUGAAACUUCAUUUUUAUUUUUAAAAAAUGUGAUAAAAAAUAAUAUAUCACUACUGAUAAAAAAUUACUCAACUGUAUCAAUUGAUUCAUUUGAUGUAAAAUAUAAUCGUUGGUAUACUUUUGGAGAAAUUAAUACUAUUGAAGAAUUUAUGAUGAAUAUAUACUUUUUAAAACAACGAGACAUGUCAAAUUUUAAUUUAUUAAUAGAAAGAUUAAAUAUGUUACCAAUGUUAAAUGAUUGGGUUAUGUCAACUUAUAUUUUUAUAUCAAAAAUUUCAAAUAAUGACAUAAAUAAUUCCAUUGAUAAUAUAAAAAUUUUAAAAAAUAAAGGAACUUUAAAUUUUAUACUUUUGGGAGAUAAUAUUGCUGAAUCUGACUUGAAUCCGUUACAUCCAUCAAAUAUAUUUUCAUGGGAUUUAAAACUUUCAAGUAUAGAUAAUUUGAAAAAAUUUUUUAAUGAUUCUAUAGCAUGUAAUAGUAAUUAUUAA